GCUAGUAGUUCCGCUGCCUGGGCGGAAGUGCGCGCCGCAGUCACGGCCGCUGACCAGCUGUCGUCAUGGUGGCACCAGUGCUGGAGGCGUCUCACGUGUUUUGCUGCCCAAACCGGGUGCGGGGAGCCCUAAGCUGGAGCCCCGGGCCGGGAGGACUUCUGGCCUUCGGCACGUCCUGCUCUGUGGUUCUCUAUGAGCCUCAGAAAAGGGUGGUUGUUACCAACCUGAAUGGUCACACUGCUCGAGUUAAUUGUGUACAAUGGAUUUGUAAACAGGAUGGCUCUCCUUCUACUGAAUUAGUUUCUGGAGGAUCUGACAAUCAAGUGAUUCACUGGGAAAUAGAGAAUAAUCAACUUUUAAAAAAAGUUCAUCUCCAAGGCCAUGAAGGACCUGUUUAUGCAGUGCAUGCUGUUUACCAGAAGGGGUCAUCAGGUGCUGCAGUACACACACUGAUAGUUUCUGCUGCUUCAGAUUCCACAGUUGGACUCUGGCUUAAAAAGGGUUCAGAAGUAACAUGCCUUCAGACGUUGAACUUUGGAAAUGGAUUUGCUCUGGCUCUCUGUUUAUCCUUUUUGCCUAAUACUGAUGUACCAAUAUUAGCAUGUGGUGAUGAUGACUGCAAAAUUCAUUUAUUUGUUCAACAAAAUGAUCAGUUUCAGAAAGUGCUUUCUCUCAGUGGACAUGAGGAUUGGAUAAGAGGCGUGGAGUGGGCAACCUUUGGUCAGUAUGAAAUUUUGCUGAUGUACAGCAUAUUUGAGGGAAAAAAUACCUUCAUUGCUUUUGUUGUAGGUAGUAAAAUAACAUUUGCAAAUACUCUGGAGACUGUGUUGGCUGGUCAUGAAAACUGGGUAAAUGCAGUUCAUUGGCAACCUUCAUUUUACAAAGGUAAGAAGAAAAACAUGCAGAUCCCAUUUCAGUUAACUCUUGCAGUUCGAGUAGGUGAAGUAGGUGGAAAUACUCUGGGAUUUUAUGAUUGCCAGUUCAAUGAAGAUGGUUCUAUGAUUAUUGCUCAUGCUUUCCACGGAGCACUGCACCUUUGGAAGCAGAAUACAGUUAACCCAAGAGAGUGGAGUCCAGAAAUUGUCAUUUCGGGACACUUUGAUGGUGUCCAAGACCUAAUGUGGGAUCCAGAAGGAGAAUUUAUCAUCACUGUUGGUACUGAUCAGACAACUCGACUUUUUGCUCCAUGGAAGAGAAAAGACCAAUCACAGGUGACUUGGCAUGAAAUUGCAAGGCCUCAGAUACAUGGAUAUGACUUGAAAUGUUUGGCAAUGAUUAAUCGGUUUCAGUUUGUAUCUGGAGCAGAUGAAAAGGUUCUUCGAGUUUUUUCUGCACCUCGGAAUUUUGUGGAAAAUUUUUGUGCCAUUUCAGGACAUUCAUUGAGUCAUGUGCUUUGUGACCAAGACAGUGAUCUUCCUGAAGGAGCUACUGUUCCUGCAUUAGGAUUAUCAAAUAAAGCUGUGUUCCAGGGAGACAUGACUUCUCAGCCUUCUGAUGAAGAGGAGCUGUUAACUAGCACUGGUUUUGAGUAUCACCAGGUGGCCUUUCAACCCUCCCUACUUACUGAACCUCCCACUGAGGAUCAUCUUCUGCAGAACACUUUGUGGCCUGAAAUUCAAAAACUAUAUGGACAUGGUUAUGAAAUAUUUUGUGUUGCUUGUAAUAAUUCAAAGACUCUGCUUGCUUCAGCUUGCAAGGCAGCCAAGAAAGAACAUGCAGCUAUCAUCCUUUGGAACACUACCUCUUGGAAGCAGGUUCAGAAUUUAGUUUUCCACAGUUUGACUGUCACGCAGAUGGCCUUCUCACCAAAUGACAAGUUCUUAUUAGCUGUUUCCAGAGAUCGAACCUGGUCAUUGUGGAAAAGACAGGAUACAAUCUCACCUGAGUUCGACCCAAUUUUCAGUCUCUUUGCAUUCACCAACAAAAUCACUUCUGUGCACAGUAGAAUUAUUUGGUCUUGUGACUGGAGUCCUGAUAGCAAGUAUUUCUUCACUGGGAGUCGGGACAAAAAGGUGGUUGUCUGGGGUGAAUGUGACUGUGGUGAUGACUGCAUUGAACACAGCAUUGGCCCCUGCUCCUCUGUCCUGGACGUGGGUGGGUCUGUGACAGCUGUCAGUGUUUGCCCUGUGCUUGACUCUUCUGGAAGAUACGUGGUUGCAGUUGGAUUAGAGUGUGGAAAGAUUUGCUUAUACACCUGGAAAAAGACUAAUCAAGUUCCAGAAAUAAAUGACUGGAUUCGUUGUAUUGAAACAAGUCAAAGCCAAAGUCAUACCCUUGCUAUCAGAAAACUGUGCUGGAAGAAUUGCAAUGGAAAAGCCCAGCAGAGUGAAGGAGAAGGUGCUGACUGGUUACACUUUGCGAGCUGUGGUGAAGAUCACACUGUGAAGAUAUACAGAGUUAACAAAUGUGCACUGUAAUGGGCUUCAUUAUCACAUGCUUACAGUCAUUGGUGUCUUAAAAUGUUUAUCAUGUAAAUAGAUCACCUUUCACCUUCACAACUGAAUCAAGUUUCUUUUUUAAGUCUAAAAGCAGUCCUUAUUUAGGUCCUAGAUCCUUUGAAAUUGAUGAAAGCUGUACAUCCCUUUCCUUGUUAUAGAAUUUAUAUGUAUAUUUACACAUACCCAAGACCUUUGUUCAUACUUUCAGAGAUUCUUGGAUCUACUUUCCAUAAGUCCCAGAUUAAGAACAUCUAGGGCCUGAAGUUGUGGCUCAAUGGUAGUGCGCUUGCCUAGCAUGUGUGAGGAACUGGGUUCCAUCCUCAACACAUCCAAAUAAGUAAAAUAAAGAUCCAUCAACACUAAAAAAAUAUAUUAAAAAAACCCCAAAGAACAACAGCUAUACUUGAUCACAUUUGCCUGGUUUUGUGUUAUUUUGGGGCCUUUUCAUUUACCCCUCUGAAUCUGUUUUGUGUUGCUGUAACAAAAUGCCUGGUGCUGGGUACUUUAAAAGAGGCUUAUUUAAAUCAGAGUUCUGGGGUUCCAAGAACAUGGUCCUGAGAUCUGCUUGGCUCUGGUGAAAGCUUCAUGGCAGAUGGAAUAAUAAUGGUGGGAGUGUAUGUGGAAGAAAGAGGUCAUUUGUUGAGGCAGACAGAAAGGGAGAUUCAAGGAAGGUGCCAGACUUGCUUGUAACAACCCAGUCUCAUGAGAAUACACUCCAGUGAGAAUGUGCUCCUGAUAGAAAAGUAUUCUUCUCACCUGCCACUUGACCCCACCUCAUAAAGGUUUCAGCACCUCUCAACACCACCACCCUGGGGACCAAGCCCCCAGAACGUGAACCUGUGGGGAACACAUUGGAAUCAUAUCUAAACCAUGCAUCCUCUUUGGGAUACAUCAUAUUUAUUACCUUCUUCAGAAGGUAGACAUAGAAAAUAAAAAGAGAAUAAAUCCAGAUUGUUCAAUUUUUAACAUUUUUUUGUAAAUAAACAUACCACACCCAGUGUGCUAACUUG